AUGGGCAAUUCCGAGUCUCGUGGAACUUCAUUUUCUAGAUCAAGCACUUCACGUCAUGUAACACAUUCAUUACCAUCCGAUUCCAGUAUCAAUUCCUAUGAUAUGGAAGAGAUUGCACGCUCUACUUCGACACUAAACGAACGCGAAAUUGCAGCGACAAACCGACGUUUGGUGCCAAGAUCACGACUUUCUCGACGAUCUCCUAGUGUCUCACUUUCUAGUAACGACGAUGAAUUACAGGGAGAGAGAGGAGGUAUUGAAAAAGGACAAGAAACAACAGAAGAGAUGUCGUCGCAGCUUAGUUAUUGGUACUUGAUUAAACAUGGAUAUACAGAGCUAGUGCAUCUAAUUAUCCGCCCACCACGCACCAAUUACACCUUGGAAGAUCUUGGACCGAGUAAUUUCUCAUUUGUUGGACAGGAUUUUAUUCGUGAAGAUUUUGUUGUGGUUAAUGACCGCAAACAGAAACUUGUGUGUUCGCAUUGGCGACCAAUGACGUCGAUAACAGUGAACACAGUACCAUGUGUGGUCUAUUUACACGGCAACUCAUCUUGUCGAUUGGAAGCAUUAGGAGUUCUUCGAACGUGUUUAGCUGCUGGGCUUACGGUUGCUGCUUUUGAUACAUCAGGAUGUGGAAAAUCCGAUGGGGAGUAUGUAUCCCUUGGAUAUUACGAACGUGACGAUUUGAGCAAUGUCGUGACGCAUCUUCGGACAAAGAUGAAUAUUGGCACGGUAGCUCUAUGGGGCAGAAGUAUGGGAGCAGCUACAGCUCUAUUGCAUGCCGAUCGAGACCCGUCGAUUGCGGGUAUUGUUGUUGAUAGCGCUUUUGCUAGCCUUGAGCAGCUUGUGGAGGAGGUGGUGGACCGUGGACGUCAGGAAGGAAUGACACUUCCAGGUUUUCUGGUAAAAAUCGUAUUGAAGUUUAUUCGUUCGUCGGUAAAAAAGCGUGCGCAUUUUGACUUACGGCGUCUUGCCCCAAUCGAUCAUGCUCCCAUGUCGUUUGUCCCGGUGCUGUUUGUGGCUGCAGAGCACGAUUCAUUUAUAGGUCCACACCACAGUGACCAGAUCUUUGCAGCGUACGGAGGAGAUAAGAAUCUGGUAAAAGUAAAUGGAGAUCACAACAGUUCACGGCCGCAAUUCUUACUUGAUUCGGCAGCAAUUUUCUUGCAGACAUCAUUGCAGGUGGAUGUGGCCGCAACUGCGCAAACAAGCAAUUUUGUUGAUGGCAUUACUGGUGGUGGUGGACGUGUACCAUGGGAAAAUGUGAUGGACCGGGCAUUCUCACUGUCACUGUGUUCCUCGCCUGCCUCGUCCUACCGUAUGACUAUGGAUCUCGAUGGAAGAUGUUCAGGCAAGAAGUCUAUGUUGGUACCGACGAAGCCAUGGUCUUGUCCGUCUUGUACUCUUGUCAACCGAGCGCUAUCAAUGCAGUGCGUAAUCUGUAAGAGUAUUUAUCUUCCUGACAAUAAAGAUGCGAGCCAAGUGGCAGGAGACAAGGAAGAUGAUGUUUUAUUGAAAGAGGCUAGGCGAAGUUGUGCUUUGACUACCGAGGAUGUGCGACCUUCUCUUGUUCCAGCACAGGCCGAAAACGCUUCUCGUCGACAAACAUGCGAAGCAAUGCCGUUGCUUCGUCCACCGUUCGUAUCAUCAACUUCAGCACAACUACCCGCUCCAUCCUAG